AUGAUUGACCAACCAACGUCACACCCUCAAGUGAGGUUGAUGUUAGUGUCACUUCAUACUGUUCAACAUGAUUUAGACACCUCCUCCUACAACAUGACCAAAACAUCUGUUAUUGAUGAAAAUUUAUUGAAAAAGUUGAAAAUGAAGCUACUUGAAACUAAGAGAACGAUCACAGCCAAACCAUUCAUUCCGUUCAAUACCCGAGUUAAAGAUACUUUUGAAAUUAGCUCCUCAGGCAAUAUCUAUCCAUGUCAUAUUGUUUCUCCGUUUGAUGUAAAGAUUUCAUAUUCAAACGAAUAUAUUUUGGUGAGCGAUCCAAAGUAUUCAUGGUCCCGCAGUUGGACUAUCAAAGUUUUCGAUUUAACCACAAGACUCUAUCUCAAAACUAUUGAUACCUCAUGUAAAGAUCCUCCAUAUAUAUGUGUAGAAGAGAGACCAUUUCUCGAAGAUUCAGGUCACUCGAGUGAUGCCUUAAUUUGUACACAAGCGUUGUCUGAAGGAGAACUUGAACAAGGACUUUACAAAUUCAAUUUGAAACAAUUGGUUGAAAAUGAGGAUGGACAAAAGAAGCCCAUUUGGUUCGUGGAUGUUGGUAAACAACAUGUUGGAAGUAUGACUACCUUUGAUCAUCGUCUGUAUAUCGUGCUUCACCAUGUCACCAUUCAAAUGUUCAAUUCGAAAACAGGAGAAUCACUUGCCACAAUUUUUGGAGAUCCUUCUCCUCAAUCAUCUAUCGCAGAUCCACCACAAUUGGUUGGACUCGAAGUGAAUGUUCACACUCGAGAGUUAAUGGCUUGCAAUCGUGCACAACUUUUAUUCUUUUCACUUGACCAACAUUCCAAAGGACUCGAAAGAGAAACACCAAAAACAUACAUUAGUGGUGAUUCUUUCUCAUACUCACAAUGGUGCUUCUAUGAUCGUGCCUCAAAGAAUAUUCUUUUAGGUGGGAGAUGUUUUAAAAAAGACAUUCAAGUGAUUCAUGCAGAGUCCAUGACAAGUAUUGCCAAAGUGAAUGUGGGACAUUCAUGGAUAAGUGAUACUAUGAAAGGUAUGUGUGUGAAUGAAAGGACUGGAGAGUUGCUGUUGAUUGAGGGAACUCAGAUCCUUGUAAUUGCUGGAAAUAAUGACAGCACGGAACCACCUCAGAAACAACUGGUUCCAAUUGCACAACAAGAUUUCUACAGAACUUUCAUGGAGUAUUCAAGUUCGAGACAAGUGUUGGAAUCAAGAACAGUAAUUACUGAUCAAAAUUCAGAUGAAACCAACUGUUCGAAUGUUUCAACCAACAGCAGUUCUUACUUGAAUUUGUGUAUUGUGCUAUAA